UUUACCGCAACACGACAACGUGAUCGCAGUAGGCUCAAUCCAAAAUCCCUAAAAAAGGAAAUCGCACUUCUCGCUUCGGAGCUCCUCUCUCUCUCUCUAGCUUCUCUCUCUUCCUGAAGUCCGCGGCGUGGAUCCGGGGAGUUUCGGAAAUAGUCGGCGCUUCAACUAAAAUCCCUAAAGCUCUAACUUUUCUUUCUCUCAGAUCUUCGUUUGUGAUUGUUGGCAGUCAUGGCUGGAAUGGCACCCGAAAGUUCUCAAUUUGAUGCUCGUCAAUUUGAUGCUAAGAUGACGGAGCUAACUGAUGGUGAUGAAUUCUUCACUAGUUAUGAUGAGGUUUACGACAGCUUUGAUGCUAUGGGCUUGCAGGAAAAUCUGCUUAGGGGCAUCUAUGCCUAUGGUUUUGAGAAGCCCUCCGCCAUUCAGCAAAGAGGGAUUGUUCCUUUCUGCAAGGGGCUUGAUGUGAUUCAGCAAGCUCAAUCCGGGACAGGAAAAACGGCAACCUUCUGCUCUGGAAUUCUGCAGCAGCUGGACUACAAUGUGGUUGAAUGCCAGGCUUUAGUUCUGGCACCCACUCGCGAGCUUGCUCAGCAAAUCGAGAAGGUUAUGAGAGCACUAGGUGAUUAUCUUGGCGUUAAGGUUCAUGCUUGUGUUGGAGGUACCAGUGUUCGUGAAGAUCAGCGUAUUCUCUCUAGUGGAGUUCAUGUUGUUGUCGGCACUCCUGGUCGUGUUUUUGACAUGCUGAGGAGGCAGUCACUGCGCCCUGAUUACAUCAAGAUGUUUGUUUUGGAUGAAGCUGAUGAAAUGCUUUCCCGGGGGUUCAAGGAUCAGAUAUAUGAUAUCUUCCAGUUGCUGCCACCCAAGAUUCAAGUUGGUGUGUUCUCUGCCACCAUGCCACCGGAGGCCCUUGAAAUCACAAGGAAGUUUAUGAACAAGCCCGUCCGCAUUCUCGUGAAACGUGACGAGCUAACACUCGAGGGUAUUAAACAGUUCUAUGUCAACGUUGACAAGGAGGAGUGGAAACUCGAAACCCUCUGUGAUCUCUAUGAGACCUUGGCCAUCACUCAGAGCGUCAUCUUUGUUAACACGAGGCGCAAGGUUGACUGGCUCACCGACAAAAUGCGCAGCCGUGAUCACACCGUCUCUGCCACCCACGGUGACAUGGACCAGAACACUAGAGAUAUCAUCAUGAGGGAGUUCCGAUCCGGCUCUUCCAGAGUCCUCAUCACCACCGAUCUACUGGCCCGUGGCAUUGACGUCCAGCAAGUCUCUCUCGUCAUCAACUAUGAUCUGCCGACUCAACCUGAGAACUACCUGCAUCGUAUUGGACGAAGUGGCCGGUUCGGGAGGAAGGGCGUGGCCAUUAACUUUGUUACCAAAGAUGACGAACGCAUGCUCUUCGACAUCCAGAAGUUCUAUAACGUCGUAGUUGAGGAGCUGCCGGCGAACGUUGCAGACCUCCUGUGAUGCAGUUUUGAGGCCCAGAGGUUAAUGCUGCUUGUUUCAAGUAAGUUGCAAUCUCUUAUUUCAUAUAGGCUAGUUUAUAUGUGUAAUGGAUCAUCAAUGGGGGCUAAGUUCAAACUACUGUUUCACAAAUUUUUGGUUUUUAGCUCUUAUAUGUAUUUUAUUGUCUAAAAUAACUUCAGUUUGUAUGAGGUGAUUUAAUGAGCCUUUGUAGUUGGAAUUGUAUUUGUGAGGUUGUGUUCUUGA